AGAUAAGUUUAAAUAGACCUAGAUUGGUUUAAAUAUGUCAAACCUAAUAUUAGGAUGAAUCCAUAAAUUUCUCUAAUUUAUAUUUUCAUAUGCCUAUUUUUUUUAUAAUUCAUUAAAAUAAUUUUAUAAUUAAAUUUAAAAACUAAAAUAUAUUAAAAAUAAAAAAGAUUUAGAUAAACAAAAAUUAUACGAGAGAAAAUACAGCCUUAAUGGGUCCAGAGUUAGCCCAUUUAUAUUUUGAAAUAGAAAACCCAAUAAUAAAGCCUCUUUCUUUCUUUUUGACUACAAUGAAGGAGAAGAAAAGCUUCAUUUCUUCACUUGCAAGCAUGGCGUAAUUGUGCAGUGAGAUCUGAUCAGUUCCUAAUACCUCAACUAGCAACAAAGAAGAGGUUAGGCUACUGGGGAGAUUAUGGAUAAAAUGAAUCAUGCGUUUGAGAAGAUGAAGAUGAUGGUGGGUAUGGAGGUUGAAGAGGAGGAGCAACGAGCUGCGGAGGAGGAAAGCUCGCUCUCUUUCAUGGAUGAUCUUAAUCGCGAUUGCGCUUUAACCACCAAACAGAGAUUCUAUGGCUUUGCAAUUUGCUUGUCAGCAGGAUUGACCUGUACACUUUUGUCAAUGCUUGUUUUCUUCAAUCCGGUCAAGUUUGGCAUCACAUUCACUCUUGGAAAUUUGAUGGCACUUGGCAGCACAGCAUUCCUUAUAGGCCCACAGAGGCAGGUGACGAUGAUGCUUGACCCAGCUCGUAUCUACGCUACUGCUUUGUAUCUAGCCAGCAUUAUCAUUGCCUUGUUUUGCGCUCUCUAUGUUCGUAACAAGCUACUGACUCUGCUGGCUAUCAUUCUUGAGUUCUCUGGUCUUAUUUGGUAUAGCUUGAGCUACAUCCCUUUUGCAAGAACCAUGGUCUCAAAGGUCUUCAUGACUUGUUUCGACACCGGGUUUUAACCAGCCCUCUAUUCAAAGAUUCCAAAACCACUGUGCUCUGUUUGAGUGACUGGUCUAUAUUCAAAGCCGGACUUGUUUGAUGCCCGAAGACCGCUAAUAGUCCAUGCCCUGUGGCUUGCCUUUGGAGCACGCUUUAGUUUCUGUUUGCUUCUUAACAUGAAGCUCCCGUCUUCACAAAUCCUUUGGCACAAUUUUGUAUACUAACCAGCAAGAUAUUAAUAUUUUAGACGUUUUGAUUC